CCCUGUGCGCCGGCGGUGACGGAAGCACGUCGCGGGUGACCUCACCUUUCAACAUGGCGGCGGCGGUAGAUUAGGGCCGCGGGUCGAAGCAGCCACCGCCCCUGGGGCACCCCGUCGGAAACAGCUGCCGCCGCCGCCGCCUAUUUCAUCUCCUCUGGGGCAGGGGCCAGGGCCAGGUUUUACACAUCUGUAAGUAGACCUUUUGGAGCUCUGUCCGCCAACUCAAUGGCGUCCUCUACUACUGUGCCUCUAGGAUUUCACUAUGAAACCAAGCAUGUUGUUCUCCGUUACCUGGGACUCCUCUCUCGGGAGAAGCUGCAAGGGCGACAGCCUUCCUCACCCCAAGGGGUUCGACAUGAUGUAGUUUCACAAUCUCUGGAUCAAGAAGUUUUAUUAAAAGUUAAAACUGAAAUUGAAGAAGAACUAAAAUAUCUGGACAAAGAAAUUUCUGAAGCCUUCACCAGCACAGGCUUUGAUCGUCACACUUCUCCUGUGUUCAACCCUGCUAAUCCAGAAAGCUCAGUAGAAGAUUGCUUGGCUCAUCUUGGAGAAAAGGUGUCACAGGAACUGAAAGAGCCUCUACAUAAGGCAUUGCAGAUGCUCCUCAGCCAGCCAGUGACUUAUCAGGCAUAUCGGGAAUGUACACUGGAGACCACAGUUCAUGCCAGCGGCUGGAACAAGAUUUUGGUGCCUCUGAUUUUGCUACGGCAAAUGCUUUUGGAGUUGACGAGAUGCGGCCAAGAAUCUUUGAGUGUGUUGCUGCAGUUUGGUGUGACCUAUCUGGAAGACUAUGCAGCGGAGUACAUCAUUCAGCAAGGUGGUUGGGGCACUGUCUUUAAUCUUGAGGCAGAGGAAGAAGAGUACCCUGGAGUUGCUGCAGAAGACAGCAAUGACAUUUAUAUCCUGCCCAGUGACAACUCUGGACAAGUCAGCCCUCCAGAGUCCCCAACCGUGACCACUUCGUGGCAGUCGGAGAGCUUGCCAGUUUCGCUGUCAGCCAGCCAGAGCUGGCACACAGAAAGCCUACCAGUGUCCCUAGGUCCCGAGUCCUGGCAGCAGAUCGCAAUGGAUCCGGAAGAGGUCAAAAGCUUAGAUAGCAACGGGGCUGGAGAAAAGAGCGAGAACAACUCGUCCAAUUCUGACAUCGUGCACGUGGAGAAAGAGGAAGUCCCAGAGGGCGUGGAAGAGGUGGCCGCAGUGCCCGGGGUCUCCCCAGCGGGGCAGCUGCAGGAGCCGCUCCCCAGAGGCCCUGCGCCCUUGCUUCUGCGCGCCCCUGCCACAGCCUUGCUGGAGGCGAAGGAACCCAACCUGGAAGUGAUGGCAGCUGAGGAAGCCGGCCCUGCUCCGCCUGGGCUCCCGGAGCUCGGUGGCGACGAGACCUCGGUGGUGGGGCUGAGAGCCGCGAGUGAGCCCGCUGCGGGGGAGCACCCUGCCGGAGAGGGGCGGGCCGUCGCCCUGUCCGAGGGCAGGGCCAUACUGCUGCUUGGGGGGGCCGCUGCGCUCGCCCUCCUGGCAGUGGCUGUUGGGGUAGCGCUGGCUCUGAGGAAGAAGUAGCAGGGUUUUCCAAAGAGGAAGAAGACAGAAAGGACAGGAGGUGUCAGCUGGAUGGACUGAAUUUGAACUGCCUGCAUCUGGACAUUGGUGGAGCCCUGGGUAAUGGGCUGCUGCUGCUCGCCAAGGCAGUGGGUUUGGCCCACACGUUAGAGCGUUGAGGUGGGGGGUGUUCACAUUUGUCUGGUUCUAAGUUCCGAGGGCCUGGGCUUACGCUAGAUUCAGAAUCUUGAGAGUAAAGUAUCCCUCCCAAAAUAGGGUUUCUCCGCCUCGGCGUCUGACUUCUUGACGCUCCUGGGCGGGGUGGGGGCUGUCUGUGCUCUGCAUGGUGUGUGGCAGCGCCCAUGGCCCCUACCAAGUGCCAGCGGCGGCCUCUCCCUCGGUUGUGAUGACCGAGACAAUCUCCCAGCGCUGCCAAAUGUCUCUUGGGGGCGUUCUUCAUGUUGAGAUCCACAGCUUUGUGGGGAGAGGGUUAAUUUGGGAGAAUCCGGGAUACAAAGUCCCAGGCAGGAGGGUUUAGCUGUGGGCUCUUUAGCUACUGACGUGUUUCGCCCUUGGAGUCUUUCAUCUUCCCGAUGAACAUGCUGUUUUGACUCUCUUGUCCUCCUCACCUUCUCAGGCCUGUAGCACGAGGGUGCCCACCGCUGUGCCCCAGCUGCCUCAGGUACCGCCCCGUUCCUCCCCAACCCCCGUGCCUCCCAGCAUCCGGGAGAGCGCCUGCUGUGCACCGGCAAGUCCCCCAUGCGCCUCGCAGCCUCCCUUGUAAAGAUGCUGCCUUUAGUCCUCUUUAGAAAAUCACUACAAAAUAAGAGAGACCCAGAGUCCCCUGCCAGGGAGUGCGAGGGCAAUCAGCUGGUCCGGCUAGAGGUCUGUGUCGUUCAGAAGCAGGCGGCGUAGAGGACCCCUGGGGCCCCUGCCGGGCCUCCGGGUGCGGCCUGCCCGUGGGCUGCGGCGCGGCUGGGGGCCCCAGUGCCUGCCAGGCCUGCUGCAGCUGUCUCACAUCUGGCCCGUCUUGCUGGUCAGCCAUCUCCUCUGUGGUCUUUUGCCAUGUGGUAAGGAUUUUCACACUUGGGCUUCCAGAAGAGUUGAAUCAUAACUGAUUAAAUACAGAAAGUCUCCUAAAUAUUACUGCAACAAAAAGUGGGAAAACAGUUUGAAUUCUUGAGGCUGCCCUUGAAAUCCAGUGUGGCUUUCAGAUCUGCGAUUGCAGGCUUGCUUCCUAAACCCUUCACAGCCAAACCCUAAGCACCCUGACCUGUAUGUGCUGGAGAACCAGCACGAUUUCCUUUCCCCUCACUGAGCCUGUCCUUAAGUGGGUGGGACUGUGUCUUUUCCUGCCUGAGGGUCAUAGUAUCAUGAUGUAGGACACAGCAUGCUUGGUAUAGGUCACCCCAGAUUUACCUUAGAAACAUAAAUUACUUUUUAGAUCCUGAAAUUUGUAAAAAAAUUACUUUGUCUAUCCUUAUCAUCAAAAUGAUAUUUUGAAUGUGCUUUUAAAAAUUUAUUUCUUGAAAUUAAAUCUCCCAGAUGCAACAUACUGUUUAAAAGUUGGCCAAGAAAGGGUCUGAAGUCUUUGUCUGUUGAGCUUUAUUGUGCACUGUAGCUUUGUGUUCUGAGUUCUGGUGUCCCACUUUUAAGCGAUAUUUUUAAGGGUUUUGGCAUACCUUGAUUAGUACCACUGGAGAUGAGGGUGCAUGAGAUCCAUGUGGCGAACCCUUUCUCCCCACAGGCUCUGAGGUAUGCAUCAGGGCAUUCUGUGUUCUUUUGCUGCACUAGUGUUUGCACGGCAUCAGAGCAUCGUGGUGAGUCACUGUGAUUUUCCCUUUUAGAAUAAAAUUCUUUCCUUCUAGUGUUCACACUUUUAAACUAUCCUCCACUGCACUGGCAGGACACAUUUAGCAUGAACAGGAACCAGGUUCAUUUCUGAGCCACUAAAGGGUCUGUAACUAGGUCCUCAGGUGUGUCCCACCCAGGUGGCACAUUGCCAUUGGAUGCUGCCUCGCUGUGCCCUCUGUUGAACAUUCACCCAGAGCCAUCUGGUGCACUGUGCUGGGAAAUGGUGACAGGUGGUGUCUUCCAUCGGCUUCUCUACAUGGGGCAUCAGUCCUGAGUCAUCAGCCGGGCCAGGGCCCUCUUCUCAGUCCUUGCACUCUGCCUGUGGUUGUGGAUGGCGCAUGCCAGCAGGGGCUGCUUCGGACAGCAGCUCCUAGUUUUUGCUACUACUUUUUAGCCCCCCCGUUUUUGGCGAGGGCUGGUAGGAGGCCAUUCCUUCCUGCCUCCUGACUUAUAACAUCUAAGUGUCAGGUUAAGGAAAGAUUCAAGAGUAACCAACUUGAUUAUGGAACUCAAAUGCAGAAUUAAGGUCACCCUGGUUAUCCCCAUUCUUUGAACUUUGAGGAAGAGUCUUUGUUAGGUCCUCCAGAACCUUACCUGCUCUACUGAAUGUAGUGAUUUGUGAUCACUUGGCAAAAAGCCAGUGAGGGUUUCUAGAGAAACGUACUAGAACUAAAGGACGUCACUCUGUCCUGUGUAUUAAAGUGGUAACAGUCCCGGGCCCAUGGAAGUCAGUGUCUGCAGUGUGCCUCAGGGACUUGCUGCCACCACCACCCUCUAGGAAGCACUCUCGCUGGAAAGCAGUUGUUGGCCAUCUGGCUCAGGCAGUCACUUCCCAGAGUCAUCUUUGGUAACUCCUCACCUGUUUGCCCAUGUUUUAUAUCAGAUGCAACCAUGACAUAGGUGUGUUCUGGGGGAAUUACCAGUGAACCCAGAGACAUGGUACUUUGAAGCACAGCUACCAUUAUCUUCCUGAGGAAAUCAAUUUCCUCAGCCUUUGUGCUAAUUCCCUGUAAUAACAUAAAAGUCUUGCCGGCUUCUUGCCUUUUUCCCUAAGGGCAUGACAUGUGGACAAAUGCCAUACCCAUGGAAUUUUUAAAAUUAUUUUGAAGUGUUUCAUAGAAAUUAAAGGUAAGAACAUUUUUUCCACUUCCUCUUAACUUCUUGCAUCUUUUUACACAAACUUGUCUUUCAAAGGAUUUGAGGUGAUGACCAUAUUUCCAGCGAGCCUGUAGGCGGCCUAUCACUUGGUACCACAGGUUCCCUCACAAGCAGGAGGCCAUGUGGCCAGGCUGUGGCCCCACCUCCGCACAGGGGGAGCAAGCGCAGCGAUAUUCUGAGAGCCCUUUGCAAAGCUUAUCAGUCUAGUUGUAAUCGCUCCAUUUUAUCAUUAUUGUUCUCUUACUGUGCCUAAUUUGUAAAUAAAACCUCAGCACAGGUACAUAUGUACUGGCAAAAAACAGUACAUAUGGGAUCCAGUACUGUGUAAGUUCAGGCAUCCCUGGGGGAUCUUGGGAUGUCUUUUUGCAGAUAAGGGCGGGCCUGCCAUGUAUCAUUUAACGUCUCAGCGACACACUUGAUGCCAGAAAAAUGCCUCUUCUCUGGAGGACCAAGUCCUCCCGUAGCAACAGCCUGUGAUACCAUCCAGCUGGGAGAGGGCUGUGUGAAGGUGCAUACUUUCCAUAGUAGAGCUCCAUGUCCUAAGAAAGCGUGGGUACCCUUAAGCUUUGCAAAUUCUGCUGAGCUCAGGGUGCUAGAGACUGCGCUAGUGCUCUCAUGUCCCUUACUUGCCCUUCCCAGUUCUGUUCAUAGUCCUUAUCCCCCAACCCUCACCCUGUUCACACUUGGCAGUGAAACUAAAUCAGUUUAAUAACAUCUCUAGUCUUUUAGCAUGAGAAGCAAGCCAGUGAUUUGAAUUUUCCUGACUCUAGGUCACACCUUGCAAAGCAGUAUUGGCAGGCUUUCAGCAAAUGGUUGUGCCAACUACAUGCUGCACAAGGGCAGCUCAUGCCCACAUACUGUGCCCUGGAAGUGGGGGAGCCCCUUCUAGAUUUUGCAAAGGCCCAUCUAGUCUAGAUACCAAGUGUGCAAGCAGGAAGAGUAUGUCCAGAGUGGUUCCCAGCUUCUGAUUAACACCAGAUGCUUUCCCUUCAAACACAAGCCAUGCUCUGUGUUAACAGAACAGCAGUUUUCACUGGCACCAAUCUUUCAUUAGCUUUCCUAGUUAAUAUUUAAGAAACUAUUUGGCAUUACCCCUUCCCCUUCCCUCUUUCUAGUUGCCCAUUUUCCUUCUCCCCUGCCUAUGCCAUAGGUUGUGGAACUGAGUGGGGGAUACCUCAUUACACUCAGAGGGUCCCAACUCAGAAGGGGUGGCCCGGCUCAGCUGCACAUGCAGCUUGCUCAGAAGUGACACCAGGUGGCUUCCCAGUGAGAGCCUUCUGUUUUACCCCCGUACACUAGGGGAUGGGAAGUUAGUAGCCACCUUGGCUGUAGAACACCAAUUUCUUGAAAUUCAGUCACAUUUUUUAAAUUAAAGUAUCAUUGGUAUACAACCUUAUGAAGGUUGUACAUGAACAACAUUGUGGUUUUAACAUUCUCCCAUAUCAAAUCCUCAUUCCUCCAUUGCAGUCACUGUGCAUCAGCGUAGUAAGAUGCUGUGGAGUCAUGACUCGUCUCCGUGCUGUACUGCCUUCUCCUUCUGUCCCUGUUUUUUUUUAGUCACUUCAUUAUAGGACGCACAGCCAGCUGGAAACUGUCAUGUCAUGUUACUAAAAUACUACAUCCUGCCUUUCCUUUCUUUGCACAAGACUUAAGUCUGCCUGUUUGCCAUGAUCCCCACUUUGAAAGCAUAGAGCCCUCCACACGCUUGUGCUUACCCUGCAGGAGCCCUGGCCAGGCAGCUGCGACAGCUCAGGUGGAAACUGCUCUCAGGGAUACUCGCCAGGCAUCCAGGCCUUGUAACAAGUUAAGACGCAGCAGCCGGCACACCGUGGCUCUUGGCCUGUUCUCACCUCUCCUAAGGGGGAACUUCAUAGCAGUUCUGCCCGCUUCUACCACCCUGAGUAUUAUUUGCAUCCACUAGAAGAAACUGGCUAAUCAGUGUACUGUUAGCAGAUCAAGUGCUCCAAAAUUUUCAGGCUGUCUUGCUGCCUUUUCUAGGACUAAGAGGCAGUUUGGUCUUCCCUGUUGUAUCUGGAGUAUUGGGCUGUUCUGAGAUUUCUAGGAGCAUCAGUGCGCUGUCAGAUGGGGCCUGCACCCCAGAGGACAGGUGGGGCUUGUCUCUGGGUGGCUUCUUCCUGUCUCAGCCUUUCAUUCCUUGGAUUCAAAGUGCCUCGUCUUUCCUAAGUCAUUGUUAACUGAAUUCAACCUACUGGGUCUGCUGCUCUCAUCUCAAAAUGCCAGAGAAAGGGGCCACCUUGCGCGUCAGUACUCGUGCCUCACCCCGGCAGCUUGGCUCCUUUCCGCGUGGAGUCCUGGCGGCUCCCCUCCCACAGUGCCAACAUAUUCCGUGCAUUCCUGUUAUUCUGGCUCCCCUUUUUCCUUCCUUUCUGCCUUUUAGCCAACUUUGGGAGAAGGAACAGAAUUCAAAUCUGUGGACUGUGCUUCAUGUUGGCAGCAUUGUGUUGGGGAGAACACACUGAGGGCCACAAUAAAAUGAGCUGAAGGUAACUGACAGUCUCGCCAUUCAUGUGGUCCCUCGUGCCUGUGACUUAGGAGGGGACUCUUGCAGUCACAAGUAUACACGUACCUGCUUUACUUUCAGGUACAAAAAUAUAACACUAAUGUCCAGUGGACACUCCAUGUCCGGGUUCCCAGUCAGCACAGCUAAUGACAUGUUAGCAAAUAAAAGCAGGUUAUGAUGAGCCUUUGUAGGCUCAUGCAUCUCGGCAGGGAACACCGGACCCAGACGUGAGCUCAGACAGUCAGACCCACCUUACACACAUAUACCAAACAUCUUUUAACUUUAACCAAGGAAUUCUGAUAAUUUGAUUCAAAUAUUUUAAAAACAGGAUGAAACACAUCAUCUGAAUUCAUGUCACUUUUCAGUUACAUCCACAAGGAUUGUUGCCAGUGUAAAAUACUCGUUCCCAGGACACGUCCAAGUCAUCACGGCUGUGAUGUACUACAGACCGGAACGUGUUUCUGAUAUGGUGCAAUCUUUUUAUAAUGCUGGAGUGGGGAAGGGAGGUAAUAAUCUUGCUUUACAACCAAGAAAGUAUAUCUAACUUGGUUUGGAAAAAUUUACAUCAAAAUGUGUGUACAGACUGCAUCAAAAUGGUGGCCUACUGUAUUAAUUUAAGCAAAACACUGGCAGUUAGCUCCAAGUUGACCACUUGUAUUUAAAUUGCUCCUUCUGGAAGAAAAUCUCUAUCCCUAGUGAGAAUCUGGUUUCAUUGACACAUGUAUGGAUGGUUGGUGUAUAUGUGUGACUCAACUUGUUUUCACUGUGAUAUGAAUCCCUCAGUAGUGUUACUGGAAGAUUUAUUUCCAAAUGGUGGUCCUUCUUAUAUUGCAUGCAACAUCUGUUUACUUUUAGUAUCUGUAAGGCCAAGACAGAAGGGCCUGCAGGUACCAGACAGACCCAGCCCUAGUGUGUAGUGUAUUUAAUGCUUAAUGAUGUACAUUUUUAUCUUCUGAUCCAAUUUCUCUCAAGGAACUGGAGACUAUUUUGGUAACAAAGUAUUUAUUAGUACCUAAUUAUUCUGGUUCAGAGCCUUCCUGUUCACAGUAACAAGAGCACUGCUGUUGAAGGUACUGUGUGUGGUACAGACCCAGCCAUCACCAUACUUCUCUUAAAGGGAAUUCCAGGAAACAUGCUGGGAAGAACAGCCCAGUGUCACACUGUUUCUCAUGGAAGCUCUCCCUGGUUUAUUACUUGUAUUCUGACUACGUCACUAGGAUCCUCUCCUCAGUAAUUGAAUUUUUAAGUCUGUUCUUUCUCCUCUUUUCUGCCUAGAAGUCUGUUCUCUCCAGCUGCAGCUUCUUAGGCAGAGGCAAGCUGAACAACAUGGUGGAGAAGUGAAAAUAAAAGAUUCUUAGCAUACAUUCCCCACAGGGUGUACACAGCAGCUUCUGGUACUCCACCCCUUAAAACGGUUAUCAUCAAAGUCAGGACUGCUUAGGAAAAAAAAAAAAAGUGCAUUUAGUCACCUGACUUUGGAAACUGUGGUUGCCAUGGGCCCUUAAGUCCCCUUCACACCUUUUAAUCAAUCACCUAUAGUUCUUGUUGUCUCAAAAAAAAAAAAAGGGGAAAUCAAGUUGAAAAAUGUCAAA